AUGACUGUCAAAGCAAACAAUGCCAAUGGCCAUAUCGGACAGGUCAAGGAAACUGUCCAGGCCUUUGUCGAUGGCAACGUCGCUAUUUCUCCUAAUGCUCCGGAAGAGGUGCCCACCCUGUUGAAGCGGCUCGCCUUGCAUGGUGAGGCGUACCUGACGGAGAGCGAUGAGAAUGAGCGCACAAAGAUCCUCGACACCGCGCGAUCAUUGGUGUAUGCACUCGAGACUCCUCGAGAGGCAAUCAUCCGACACUGCUGGUCUCAGAGCACGCUCUACGCAGCAAUCGAGACCGGCGUCGACCUGGGCCUGUUCACUGUCCUCUCGCAGGAUGACAAACCAAAGACUGCCACCUACCUGGCUGCAGCAACUGGCGCCGACCCAACAAUGCUCGCCCGCAUCCUGAAACACCUCGCCGCCAUGGGCGUCAUCGUAGAAACCGGUCCAGAUAAGUACCGUCGAACCGGGUUCUCCAUCUCGAUGGGCUCACCCCGAUACAGCGACGCCUAUCCUUGCAUGACCGGCUGCAUCACCGACGGCGUCCUCGCACUCCCCGCCCAGCUGAAGAAAACCAAUUACCGUAACCCCAGCGACGGCAAGAACUGCGCCUUUCAACGCGGAUUCAACACCCCCCUCCACUUCUUCGACUUCCUCCGCGAGAACCCCGCCCACGCGAUACAAUUCAACAACCACAUGUCGGCAUACCACCAGGGCCGACCCAGUUGGAUGGACGUGGGCUUCUACCCCGUCCUAUCCCUGGUCUCAGACACCGGCAUCAAUGAGGAAGACACAUUGUUAGUGGACAUGGGCGGAAGCAUGGGCCAUGAUCUCUCUGAGUUCCACCGCAAAUGGCCCCAGGUACCCGGCAGGUUAAUCCUACAAGACCUACCCAAGGUCGUGGACCAGGCGAGAACAAUGAACCUGGACCCAGCGAUCGAACUCAUGAACCAUGAUUUCUUCACCGAGCAGCCAAUCAAAGGCGCUCGCGCGUAUUACAUGCAUUCCGUCCUGCAUGAUUGGACGGAUGAUGACUGUCGUCGGAUCCUGGCUAAUGUGAUGCCGGCCAUGAAGCCGGGAUAUAGUAAGUUGUUGCUGAAUGAGAAUGUCAUUCCUAGCACGAAUGCGUAUUGGGAGACGACUAGUCUGGAUAUCAUUAUGAUGGCGGACUUUGCGUCGACGGAACGUACGGAGAUGCAGUGGCGGGCGUUGGUGGAGUCGGCGGGACUGAAGAUUACGAAGAUUUGGACGGUGCGAAGGGGGGUGGAGAGUUUGAUUGAAUGUGAAUUGGCUGUUGAUGUUGAUGGUUGAGUUCUGG